AUUCCUGUUUCAGAUGGGCAUGAUUCACUUAACCUUCUGCUUCAGGUCUUUGAGAAUUGCAAUUCAUGUAACAAUUACUCCUACUAACUUAACCGGCAUGCUUAUGUUGCAUGUGCUAGAUGCUGUUAUUCAAGCCUUCCAUCAGAAUGGAUGAUUCAGAAAUAGUUGCCAUGAUAAAAGAAUUGUUGGAGACUCGCAUUCGGCCAGCUGUUCAAGAUGAUGGUGGUGACAUUGAAUACCGAGGGUUUGAUCCAGAAACAGGGAUAGUUAAGCUUAAAAUGCAAGGUGCCUGCAGCGGGUGUCCAAGUUCAUCCGUCACAUUGAAGUCUGGGAUAGAAAACAUGCUUAUGCACUAUGUACCUGAGGUGAAAGGAGUAGAGCAAGAGUUUGAUGGUGACGAGGAAGCUGAGCUGGCUGGACAGAUGGAAUGAGCUUUUUCAGUUAUAAGGGUCAACGCAUCCUCUUCAAAUGUUGUAGCAAACUUUGCACGUAAAUGUUUGGGGCUGUUUCGACAUCCCAAAAGGUUAUCCACAUGUUUGGUUUCUGAGAGACU